AGAACUCAACUAGAGAGCGAGAGAUAAACAUGAGACUCAAGCCAUAGCUGGAAACAUUUAUUCACGCAGUUGAAUGAAUCUCCGCGUGCAACAAAAUAACGGAACCGCGUUUCAUUCGAAAGCGAACUACUGAAAAACAUUGCGCUUUUUUGAUCUGGCUCCUUUAUAGGCGCAGGACAGGAAGACAUUACUGGCUUGCAUAAAAAAAAAAAUAAUUAAAAAAAAAGACUCAAGGAAGAGAGAGAGACGCAUGAGGAAAGUUUUCCUGCGCGAAAACAAACUGGAACUGUGCAGAAAUCGUGACGCAUACGCCAUGCACUGGCUGUACAACGUGGGAUAAUUCUUCUGUUGGCUUUCAUCUGAAGGGAAUGCAUUUUUGUUGGCUUUCGUCAACCUCUCUAAAAGUUUAACGGCAGGAACGCUUUAUUAUUCUAUUCGAAAGAAAAAGCUUAAUUGUGAAAGGAACCUUUUUUAGCGCUCGCGCUGUUUUCUUCUGGUAUUUGUCCGUUUCGCUGGAAAAUCUGGUCAUCCUCUUAAUUUGGGGGACAGGGAGUGGGUUGGAUAUAUUCAUGUUUCCCCACUUUUCCUUCAUGGCCUCCUCCAGGAUGUAUUUUUUUAUGACAUGCAUGCUGUUCUCCCAACUUGUGUUGAGUCGCGCGCUCAUAUGUCUGCCCUGUGAUAAGUCCAAAUGCGAGGAGCCCAAACACUGUAGCGGUUCGGUGGUGCUGGGAAUCUGCGGCUGUUGUUCGGUAUGUGCCAAGCAGAAGAACGAAAGCUGCGGCGGCGUUUACGGUCUGUACGGGACCUGCGACAAGGGGCUCCGGUGCGUGAUCAGACCCCCGUUAAACGGCGGGUCCAUCACACAGUAUGAGGUCGGAGUUUGUGAAGAUGAAAACUGGGAUGACGACCAACUCUUGGGCUUCGAGCCAUGCAAUGAAAACCUGGUUACGGGCUGUAACAUCAUUGAUGGGAGGUGUGAAUGUGACAGUGUGCGGACAUGCAACAACCCAUUUGAGUUCGCUAGCCAGGAAGCCUGUCAGACAGCCUUGCAGAAGAUUGAAGAGGAAAGACCGGACUGUUCCAAGGCGAGGUGUGAGGUGCAGUUUUCUCCGCGCUGUCCUGAAGACUCCACAUUAAUUGAGGGCUACGCUCCACCGGGAGAAUGUUGUCCCCUGCCCAGCCGCUGUGUGUGCAGCCCAGCUGGGUGUCUAAGGAAAGUUUGCCAGCCUGGACACCUCAACAUCUUGGUAUCCAAGAGCUCAGGCAAACCCGGCGAAUGCUGCGACCUCUACGAAUGCAAGCCAGUGUUCAGUGUAGACUGCAGCACAGUAGAGUGUCCUCCAGUGAAGCCCGUCCAGUGUCCUGCAGACAGCUAUGAGACUCAGGUCAGACUGACAGCAGAUGGCUGCUGCACCCUUCCAACCAGAUGCGAGUGUUUGCCCGGCAUCUGCACCUUCCCACAAUGCUCAGCAGGGACUUCCCCUCAGGUUGUGUCCCGCGGUGACGGAACACCUGGGAGGUGUUGUGAUGUGCUUGAGUGUGUCAAUGAGACAAAGCAGGCCUGCACUUUCAACGGAGUGGAGUACCACGAUGGAGACAUGUUCAGGAUGGAUGCUUGUCGAUUCUGUCGCUGUCAGGGCGGGGUGUCCGUGUGCUUUACGGCACAGUGUGGUGUGCUGCACUGCGAACGUUACUACGUACCUGAUGGAGAGUGCUGUCCUGUGUGCGAAGACCCAAUCUACCCGGUGCUCAAUUUUGCCGGCUGCUACAUGAACGGGCAGAUCUUGGCUCACGGAGACCACUGGCGUGAGGACGACUGUACCUUCUGCCAGUGUGUGAGUGGAGAGGCUCGCUGUGUGGCGGCAGCAUGCGGCCACAGCUGCCUCAAUCCUGUCACCGUUCCAGGAGAGUGCUGUCCUGUGUGUGAGGAGCCCACCUACAUCACAAUGGUGCCCCCUGCCUGCGGCUCACUGAACAACUGCACGCGGACUGAGAAGAGCUGCCCAUAUGGACUCCGCCUGGAUGGCAACGGCUGCAGGACGUGCAGCUGCAAGACACGAGAAGAACUGUGCAGUGGUUUAAUUGCCAGCUGCACUCUGAAAUGCCCAUUUGGCUACCAGACUGACAUACACGGCUGUGAGGUUUGCCAGUGCCGCUCACGUCACAAGAAGUGCAGGGCUGUGGCCUGCGCCAAGGACUGCCCCUUCGGAUACAUUAAGAACAAGCAUGGCUGUGACACCUGUCGUUGCAAGAAAUGCCCUGAGCUGCCAUGUGACAAGACAUGUCCAAUGGGCUUCCAGCAUGAUGAGUUGGGCUGUCUGAUUUGUCAGUGCAGAGAUCAGAGCUCAUCCUCUGUGGCUCCUCCAGUGAAACUGGGCUCCUGUCUGUCUAUGGACGGCCGAAGGCAUGAGAAUGGGCAGAGCUGGCACGACGGCUGUAGGGACUGUUACUGCCAUGCUGGGAGAGAAAUGUGUGCCCUCAUUUCUUGCCCUUUGCCCCCCUGUGACAAUCCCACAAUCCGAACUGGCCACUGUUGCCCCACCUGCCCAGAAGAGUCCAGUUCUCAUAAGCCAGAGCUUAGCGAGGCAUCUGUGUGUUUGGCUCCGGGUGGAGAGUACUUUGUAGAGGGCGAGACAUGGAACAUUGAUUCCUGCACUCAAUGCACCUGCCACAGCGGCCGUGUUCUCUGUGAGACGGAGGUGUGUCCGCCCCUGCUCUGCCAUAGUCCAAUCAGAACACAGGAUUCCUGCUGCCCUCACUGUCCAGAUGAUCCUGUCACUCCUCAGAUGCCCAGUAAUGACAGUAUGCCCAGUUACUGUAGGAAUGAGGAUGGUGAUAUCUUCCUGGCCGCUGAGUCCUGGAAGCCCAAUGUCUGCUCCAGCUGUGUCUGUCUGGAUGGAGCCAUCAGUUGCUUCUCUGAGUCCUGCCCACCCGUCAACUGCGCCCGACCCGUGCUCAGGAAGGGCCAGUGCUGCCCCUACUGUCUAGAAGCCACACCGAGCGCUGUGUGUCAUUUCAAUGGAAAGACGUACAUGGACGAGGAGCGAUGGGACAUUGACAGCUGCACUCACUGCUACUGCCUGCAAGGCCAGACCCUCUGCUCGACUGUCAGCUGCCCUGCUUUACCCUGCCAUCAGCCAGUCACAGUAGAGGGCAGCUGCUGCCCUAUGUGUCCAGAGACUUACGCACCCACAAACGUGCCCAUCGAGAAGACAGACCAGCGUGGAGACAAGCAGAGACAUCAACCGGACUGGCCCACUCACAGUGAAAAUGAUAUCAUGCCACAGUUCAGAGGUGGUUUCGGGAGUCUUCAGAUGCCGUACCUAGAUGGUAAGACACCAUUGCCAAGUGAGGAUGCUGGUCUGCACUGGGCCUGGGUGGCACUGCCUGUUCUAAUGAUGAUGCUCACUAUCGCUGCCCUGCUGUUGGUCAACCAGCGUAAGCAGUGGAUUCCUGUGCCUUGCUACCGCACACCCACCAAGCCCACGUGUCUCAAUAACCAGCUGGUGUAUGUGGACUGCCAGAAGGGGACGAAAGUCCAGGUGGACAGUUCCCAGCGCAUGCUCCGCAUCGCAGAUCCCGACUCAAGAUACAGCGGUUACUACAGCAUGCAGAAACACAACAACAUGCAGGCUGACAACUUUUACCAGACCGCGUGAGCAACAAGAGAGCGAGAGAGAGUGAGUGAACGAGAACGAGAAAGACUGAGCCCGAGUUUCGCGGCACACGAACAUCUACUAAAAACUAUACAGACAGACAAAGCCACAAAUCCAAGUGGACAGAGAAGAGACCCUGAUAACGAAUAACAAUUAUAAUAUUCACAUAAGUCACUCCAAGCAAAAGAGAAAAAAAUAUCACACGUCAACACCUGAAAGUCUCACCUGAAGCUGGACGCCGACCUACGUAACCGAACGAAACUUGAGGACUCUUCCAGAAUAUUUUUGUAAAAGGUUGAGCUUCUUUUUAUGUGAGUGUGAGUUUUUGUGGAUGUUCAGGCACAAGUUGAAGGUAGUUGUGAAGUAAAAUGUACAGUUUUGGGAUUUGGACAACCGCUGUGUUUUUUCAACGCAAAUUUUUCCUGCAUUCCUACUUUUUCGGUUGGAAAAGAGAGAAAUAGUUUUAGGAGUGAAAAUUUUCGACACAAGUGCUUGUGUGAACACUUAACGCUGAACAAAAGUUUCUCUGUCUGAGUUACCUGAUAUGCCCAGAGCGGGUGAGAAGACGAGGAGGGCGAGAAGACAUUCACUUCCCUGAGGCAGAGGAGAUGUUGGAGUGUGUGGAAGAAAAUAAGAGGAAAAUAGAAAGAAAGUAGGUCUGUUGGUCUGUUGUUGCAAACAGACCUGUUUUUGUUGGAGAUGCUACUGUAAGAUUUUGAUUUCCCCAUUGCUGUGGGUGAGUUUGGCCAAGCUUUUUUUUUUUUCUCUCUCUCUCUCUUCAAAAGACGACUGGAAGAAAACAGAGUAAGCCACUCUGUGGACAUUAGAUCUUCCUGGUAGAUGGUUGUGUGGGGUCUAUGUUGUAUCUCUGCUUACAUGUAUGAGCAUUUUCCCAUUUAACCAUACAAACACCAUUUGCUCUUUCUCCCACAAUGAAGGGCAGAUUGACUUACACUCUUAGCAAAUAUAUAUUUUACUGAAACGAAUCCAAGGAUUGUGAAGCGAGACAAAGUUAAUGAAAGAACAUACUGGUUUGGAUUUUAGGCUAUGCUUUACAAGUGCUGCUUUUUUGCUUUGAUUAUUUAAACCUCAUUUUGUAGGGUUGAAAACCAGUAGUGAGGAUAUUUGCAUCCUUUAGGAAACAUUUACCAAGAAAAUCAAAAGGCCGCAUUUGUCAAGCACAAGCAGAAUGAAAGUUUGUGUACAUUUUACGUAAAAACUAUUCUUAUGGAAAUUGUCAACAAUUCGCUACUGUUAAUUCGCUUAAAUGGUUUUACGAAUCAUCACUUAACACUAGUUAUAUUUGUAAACUAUAUAAACAACAUUUUUAGGAUUUGAAACAUUUACACAAAAAAGAUUCACACAAAAAUUACAAAAUUGUCUACAAUUGGCAUAAGAAUGGUUUUAUGAACAACUACUACAUACUAGUGAUUACUCUAAAUGAAUCACACACAAAUGGAAGGAUUUGAACGAUUUACACAAAUAUGACUAAAUUGUUGACAAUUUACACAAGAAUGGUUUGAUGAACAAUUACAACUUACUAAUAAUUUCUCUAAAGGAUUCACAAUAUUUGAAGGAUUUAAAC